UCUCCUCCCGGCAUCACCCACAUGUCUGGUCUCGACCCGCAUUUGUUCGCCACCGUCGCACAUCAAGCAUCGCUCCACUCCAGCCUCAACCGCGGCGAUGUCCUAGAGAUCCAGGGCCCCGCCUCGUCAGGCAAAACGCAUUUCAUCUAUCAUCUCACGUCCAUCUGCCUUUUACCCGACCAUCUUGACGGACAUCGGCUGGGAGGCUGGAACAAGGCCGCUGUGGUCUUUGACUGCGACGACGCUUUCGACGUCAUACGCUUCAAGCAGCUGCUCGAUUCCCAGAUUUCCCAUCUCAUCGCGCGAUCAUCCGCAGGUGCUUCGGAAUCCGGCCCUGUCCGCGCAGACGAACAACAAAGGGAAAAGCUGGUCACUGACUGUCUUCAGCACCUGCACGUGUUUCGGCCAACAUCAACCUUGCAGCUCGCGGCGACGAUAUUGAAUCUGCCUUCCUAUCACCUCGAAAACGAUCCUGAUGUCGAGAUCGGGCUCCUGGCUGUUGACUCGAUCAGCGCCUUCUACUGGCCCGAUCGCUUCACGGUGGAACAACUGUGCCUGGGCGAGAACAUAUCUUUAAAGGAUCUCGGCAGCCUCAACCCCUUGCACCACGUCCUGAAGGCGCUGCAGCGUUUCCGGCUCUCUCAUGGCGUCAUCACCGUCUUGACAAAUUGGGGCUUGCACCCGCUCGCGACCCCUUCAGGGCCAUCCCCAUUCUAUAGACAACAUCUCCGUCCAUUUCCAGCGCCGUUCGUC